UGUAACAUUUGAGCCACUUAUCUCAGUACGUUAACGUUCUCGCUUGAAUUUUGACGCGUAAGAUAAGUCAGAUAUUAUUUUUACUUUUUAUUGUGCUUUUUUUAAUCACUUGAUUUUGUUGAAACGGAUUUUCUUUGCCAGUAUAUCGGCAUUUACACAUUACUCCACGUGGUGGCGGUGUUUACAUCGAGCACACUGACGUUGCAGCACGUCAAAGGGGGUAAAAUACGAGGAAGAGACGUCCAGCUUUCUGCAGCCGAGUUCAAAUUCUCAAGCGGGACAACGAGCCAGCUAGCUUUUGCUCUGUAAAUCUCCUUUGACAUGGAAUUUGACGAGAGCCUUAUAAUCCAACGUACACACGCAGCAAAGAUGGCUGAACACAAACAGCGGAUGACUCUCCACUGUCAGCAAUGCCACGCUGUGUUGGGGGACUCCCUCGGCAUCUGUGGGGAGAUUAAAUGUAUGGACUCCAUCGUGUGUAUAAGAGUGACCAACGAUGUGGUCAUCAGUGAUGCCAUGGAGUCAGGACACAAAGGGGAAAUGACUAGUUGCAUCUACAGUUCUCUAAAAUGUCGCGGCUGCCGCUGUGCUGUGGGGAAAGUCAUUCACUCUGCCCCGUGGCGUCUGGCCACGGUUCGCUCCAUGUUUCUCCUCCACAAAGCAAACAUCAGUUGUUACAUCCUCAACCGCAGCUCGAUGGUGACGGCAUCCUCACUGAAAUUUGAUAUGAAGCCUCUCAGAGAAAGCAUGAAUAAGGUGAGGCAGCAGUUUGAAGCACAGUUGGAUCAGAUGUCACACAUGAAGAGCAGAUUGGCUGACAGGAGUGUUGGCAGUGAAUUCAUCAAGUAGUGUGCACACACAACCUCAACCAUGUGUCCUCUACUCUGUCCCUCUUGUAGACCAGUUUGGGUUGUAAAUUGUCGUUGUUUCUUCUCCGUGUUUUGUUUCCAUUAAAAAUUUUCGGUGAUACACAUAAAUGCUCUUUGGGUCUCAUUCAUUAGUUUGGAUCAAUGUCUGCAGAUUUAUUGUGGUGCAGUUUAAACACUCUAAAACUAACGUAAAUGUAUCGGCCACCAUUAGUAUCUAGUGUUUAU